AAUUAAUGACCAUUUGCUACUAUCCGUUUAUACAACAAGUUCCAACCACUCGGUUCAGCUCAGUUCACGUCGAAAAAUCAGUCUUCGGAUGAAUGAACAUAUCUACCAGAACAAUUCCUUACAUGGAGGCUGUAACGAGUGGAUGACAACCGUUGUCUUUCCUUGUUCUUGUUAUAUUUCACAUAUAAAGGAUGUGGUCUUCUUCCUCAAUGGUCACCUCGAUAAUUGAGGGAUCUGCAGAGGGGGACAUGAAAACUAUUCCUUGCUCAGCGUAUCCUGAUAUGAAUCUCGAAUCUCCUCGAACACAAUCACUUGCAGUGCUCAACUAUGCUCGUCUAGCCUUUAAAAAACACCACGAGCAAAAGCAUCGGAUCCUACCAGAUAGUUUAGGAUCUCAUGUCGUUCAAUCCAUUGUUAGUUUCAACAUGUUCAAGCAAAUUGCAGACGUAGCAUGGAUUCCACAAGAUGAACAAUUAAAUAAGUUGCUGAGGACUGCGCCACGGUUCAGUAGAUAUCUUCGUCUGGUAGAGCCGCCGAAGCGUAUGAGACUAGAAGUAGGAACGGAAGGAAUAAAGGACUCGUUCAGUAAACUUCUCGCUGGUGAAGGCAUGUUGGCGGUGAUUGUGUCGUUAGAAUCAGACCCCCAACACAAGUUCAUCUGCUUCAAGAUCCCUCUUCAAUCCCAUCGUUCAAUUGGGACCUUUGGCUUCAAUCAUCAUCGUCAUCUGCAUAACAGGUCGAAGCCCGACCGCGUCUUUGUCAUUUUCAAUUUCGCAUCGCAAGGCCAUCAUCCCCAGUGGUUAAUAACUACCAACGAAGAAACUUUGCUUAAUAGAAAUUUUGCUCUAUUCAGAUUUUGGUGUAGAGGUAAUGAUGGGGGUGCUGACAAUGGGUGGACUACGAUUCAUACACUGGGUCCAGCAACUGCCAGCGAGUCUCAUCAAGGGGAUAUUGGAGACCGGGUUAGGGAUAGAAGACCGGAUGGAGCUGCACAUAUCGAUGCAUACUCAGAUGAAGAAACUUCUAAAGCUGAUGAUGAUGAUAUUCCGACUCCAGAACCGAGCCAUCCUUCCGAAAACUCCUUCCGCUCUAUGACAGGCUCUAAGAAUCUAUCGGCAAAUUCCCCUCCUCGUCUAUUUCGAACUUCCAAUGAUCCGACUACUUCAACAGCGCCAACGCAUCUAUGGGUGGAACCAAGAUCCCAGAACUCUUCUGCCUCUUACAAUGUUCCGCAAAAGAUUCAAAAUACCAACAGGCCUUCGGUGCUUCACUCAGAGAAUUUCGGGAGACGUCGAUAUCAUUCGUCCACAUACACUUCCAGAACAACGAUGGCUGCGCCUCAAUUCGUACCUCCUGUACGGCCUUCGCCUGAAAUGUACCAUUGGACGUAUAGGGCACAGCCAAUGACUUACGGCCCCUACAUUUACACUGCCCCGAGAUAUCCUACCGGUCCCUUUAUGUACGGUCAGCCAUAUCGCAGUUAACAAGCAGUUGGUAUCUAUUCAGGAUCACUUCGUCGCUAGCGGACAGCAGAAGUAUAGCGUCGAUUACAAUGCAGUUUAAUGUUUACAUUACUAUAGAAUUACA